CACUUGGCGGUUGGAGUUACAAAUUUCACUUAUCUUGUUUGGAUUACUGUGAGUGUGUAACGUGUGCAUGGCGGUAGCACAGUGCGAGAUUAAGGAAAGAGCACAAGUUGAAGUUUUGAAGCAGGUGCACAAUGUGCAAACUUCGUUUGAGAUUCGCUAGAGUCGUUGUCUGAGUCCCAUUGCGGUCUUAAACAAACUUCACACUGGCAGGGUAGUCCAAGGGGUGCAAUGGUCCAUUUGGGCCAAGCAGGCUCCCAACAGAUUUGGUCAAAGUCCUACUUUCUUCAUUUUUUGGUAGUCUGUGUGAUGAGGCUUUUAUAGCCUGUUUUCUACACCAGUCAUGAAUGAGGUUGAUAAACCCUUUGGAUGUCCACAACCGGGCUGCAGCAUGAGUUUCACCAAUGAGGAUCACCUAAUGGUACAUCGUAGACGACAUGAAAUGGAACUAACAGUGAAUGGAGAGCAUCACACACCAACACUAGUCAAGCAUCCAGGGUUCAUUAUGGACCAGACUCCAACUCCAACUAGAUUUUUAAGGCAGUGUGAGGAGGUUGGACUCUUCCAAGAAAUUAAUUUGAAUCCAUUUGAUGAGCAAUUUAGAAGGGCAUCACUCUUGAGAUCAAGCCAUUCAUUUACAGAGGCACUCGGAGGAACAGCCGGAGAGAGCCUUGAUACUCCAAGAGUUCUUCCACCAGUAGACUCAGAUGAAACUAUUUCUUCCACUUCUCGAGAUGACAUCUCUGGCACUUCUACAACAGGGACAUCCACCCAUUCAACCAGUCUUAGUGUUAUGCCCUCCUCAACGUCUCAGCAGAACACUGCUACAUCCUCAUCCUACUCAAGACCUCAGUCCUCAGCCAGAGUUCUGGAAACUGAAGUCUUAACUGAAGAGAAGGAAGGGGAACCAUCUGGACGUUUAUCACUGAAUGUUUCAUCAGCAUCUGAAGCUGGACAGAACACUAAUUCAGUCAUUUCUACACCAACACCUGUCAUUACUGCAGGGCCAUCAGUUACACAGGCUCUGGGUGUAGUAGGUGUUGGUGUAAGUAGUGGAAGUGUGAAAGUUGGCAGUGGAACACAAGCCUCAAGUCAGUCAUCAACUCUGUGUACUGCAUCAACUGGUGUUCCUCCAUCACCAAGUGCCACAGUCUUGCAACUUCUUCUCAGGUUGCCAAAUGGUCAAGCCAUUCCGGUUGAAAUCCCUACCACACCAAUGGUCUCCAGUUCCAGUACAAAUACAACUGUGACAACUGUCUCUGGGUCUCCACCUCACAGUGGAGAAACUAAAGUGCCACAACCAUCUCUUGCCAAGAUGAAACUGAAGCAAGCUCUUGCUUCUUCCAAUACUGCUGCAAGACCUGGCUGCAGUAAAACAUCCAGGGCCAACACUGCUGAUCGAAUUGCAGAAAUGACUCGUUCUCGAAACUUCAGUGGUACUAGCAGUACAGAAGGAGAAGGUGAAGAAGACAGCACAAAUAGUUCCAAUAAUAGUAGUAAAGGUGAACGUAGACGACGUCAUUCAUCAGAUAAUGAAGACCCCGUAGAAAAAAGGAAGAAAUUCCUGGAAAGAAACAGAGCAGCUGCUAUUAGGUGUAGAGAGAAAAAGAAGAAAUGGAUCGAAAAUUUAUCGAUGAAGUAUGAUGAACUCGGAUCGAUUAACCUGAAGCUGCAGACCGAAGUUUCAGGCUUGCGUUCUGAAGUUGCUGCCUUAAAGUCCAUGUUACUACAGCACAAAGAUUGUCCUGUAACUCUUGCCAUGCAAGGAGAUAAUUGUGUUGAUGGUAUGAACAGCUGUGAUAAUCUGAAUCCUCUGCCACCAAUGUUGACGCCUCUUAUGGACGGAGUUCGCCUCACCUCUCAAGCAAGCCACAAGCCUCGCACGCGUUCGCUCUCCCUGCCUUCCAUCCCGUCGUCAACGGCGUCGCCAUCUGACCCGCUGCCAGUCAAUCUGUCUUGCUCCUCAUUUCCGACAACGUCUGUAUGCUCGCCGGUGUCAUCAUCAACAAAGGUUGACCUGCAGGCAGUGGGAAAACCAGUUGGGAUGGCAACAGUUUCGUCAGUCAACCUAACAAACAGUCUUAUAACGGCAGUCAGCCAACCAGCAGUUUUCUAUCCGAGUACUGGCACUGCAAGAUUAGCUCAGCCGACCAUCCUCAAGUUGUCAAAUGCUGCACACUCACCUGGACAGAUUUUGGUCCAAACCACUGGAGCACCACAGCUUGGAAAAGUUGCCGUGGUUGGAGGUGCAGAUAUCUUAGGAACAGAAGGCCUUCCCAAGAAUUUAGUUGUGAGUGGAACCUCGAAUGUAAUUGUGACUUCAGGACCAGCGUCUGCAGACCAGACAGCACUCGGCCAGCCUCACCUGCUGAACCUGACACUUCAUCAGACUCCUCAGACCAAGUCGCCAGCACCGCUAAGGAAAUCUGAUUGAAGUCUUUGGGAGAUUUUCUUAGGAAUCACAGUGCGACAGACAGACAUACAGACUGUAUGUUACGCCAAACACAUCUAAUAUUGAUAUGAAUGUUUUGUGAAAGACCAGAUAGAAGCUGUCGCAUGCCGACAAUACGAGAUGUUUGUAAAACCUCACUCUUUGUGAUCAUCCAUGCGUCUGUGUUACUCAUGAAAAGAUGUGCUGUUAGCUUCCUGAACGUUUUUCCCAACUAAGAUGCUCAUUUAUUGCGACUGCCUUUUCUAGAUAUCCAUUGCUAACAGGUAUUUUGUGUAACAAAUUAAACAAACAUAAAUGCAGUUACCACUAUUUUUAAAGAUGUUCUUAAUGAAUGUAGCCAUUGUCAGUUUAUUAUCAUGAUGUUAGUUUUACUUUGUAGAAUUUACAUUUUUAUAAAUGUGUAAGUCAUAUCCUGUCAUAUUAUAUAUAUAAAAAAGUGAUCCUUGGAUCUUUGGUACUGCCUUAAAUCUUCAUAUAAUUACUAAGGCAUAUAUUUUCCUGUAAUUUGGUUAAACAGUAGUAUGUCCGGUGUUAGGAGUGAUAUUUGCUAUAAUAAAUCAAAUUGUUGUUACAGUU